AUGACGUUCAAUUUCCAACUAACAGUACAUCUGAAAAAUUGGAAAAGAGCAACUUUUCUUAAAUGGCUUGGACUAGAUAACCUUGAGAAAAUCUCUAUCGAGGACGUUUACAAUGAACAUAUCAUUAAAAUCACAAAACUCCUUGUGCAUACCCUCAAAAUUGAUUCAUUAAAAUCGGCUCUGUUAACCACAUUUGUUCAAAAUUGUCCAUUCCUUGAAAUAUUAAUGAUUUAUCAUGAUUCGGAUGAUGAUUUAUCUAAUAUUAGUGAUGAACUAAAACGUUUAG